GAGAAUUCAGUACCUUGGACAGAGGACAGAGCAGCCUGAGGCUGCAGGUGACUGGACUAUAUGUGUGACUCUUAUUCUGCGCACUUUGUACGUCGCUCCUUCCGCUAAUCAGCGCGCACUGGCGCAAUAGCAGCAGCCGACUCAAUCUCUAAUCACAUUCCCUCAUUGAUGAUUAGCCAGCUGCCGUUCGGGUCCGCACUGCAAGGCUGAUGCAGGAAGGGGUAGAUCUCCCAGUAUUUCCUACAUUAUCUCAGUUCAUUGGACGAGCCCCAAUGCUGGGGGAGGGGAGGCAACAGCGGCAGCAGCAAGACCACCACUUGCCCAUGUUUCUGUCUAUGCCACAUACACAAGCAGCUGCGCACAGCUAGGAGUAGAGGUUUCACUGACCUCCCUGUGUAAUGGAAUUGCUGCAGCAAAGCUACCCUGGGACACAUUAAAAUAGGUUUAAUAUCUUCCUCAGGACAAGACGCCCCUGCUGUGGAUCACAUCUCAUCCAGAAUAUUUUAUAUUUGUUUGAUGGGGGAUUGAUCGGAUGACAGCUGGAACUGUAGUCAUCACAGGAGGAAUCCUAGCGACCGUCAUACUUCUGUGUAUUAUUGGGGUUCUGUGCUACUGCAGACUUCAGUAUUACUGCUGUAAAAAAGAAGAGCUUCGUGACGAGGCAGAGGAGGUUCCAGGUCACCGGACUCACUCCCACUUUCCUUGCCAUGACUGCUCUUCUUCUCACCUGGACAAUAUGCCCCAUACUAUGGUGUCACCAGCCUACUCCCCAUAUGGGUCUCCAUACUACAUACGAACUGCAGAUAGCAUGUGCAAUGGCAGAGAGAGACCUCCCUCCACCCCCACCCACUACACAGAGCCAGGGUCCCUGCUUAUGAUGGCGGGUACACCAAGCUUAUCUAGAGGGUUGCAUGCUCUGAGCACCCAGAUCCACAGUCUACAUAAGUGACACAUCCACAUCUGCCAACUCUAAACCUGCCCAGGAGAUCCCAGGAGCCACGGGAAGAUGAUGAGGCACCGCCAUUAGGCACAAAAUACAUUUUUGGGAGAGUAUAUCGG